AGAAGAAAGUCAAACCGUGAAAGCGUGUGAAGGAGGGAAAAACAAAAUCUGAAGCUUCUUGAUUCUCCGAUGAUCACUAAUUGAAUUUGCGUAUCACCUAAAUCUUCGGCUUCUUGAUUCUCCGAUCAUCACUCGUCUGUACAAGCUAUCCUUACCUUAAUCACCAAGUCAUGCAUUCACCACCUUUCCUUUUUCUCUUCUUUCUUCAUCCCUUUUUCCCAUUCUCAUUUCCACUUUCAUUUCUUCCAUGUCCAAUUUCAAAGCCCUCAUCUCCCUCUUGCUCUUCACCUCUCUUUUCACUCACACCUCACCCGUCUUCGCCUCCCCUUUUCGCCCCGACCCUCUUCACCAUUUUAGAUUCUACAAAGGUGGUUAUGAUAUCCGCAACAAACAUUAUUGGGCUUCUGCGGCGUUUACAGGCGUACAUGGGUAUGCUAUUGCUGGAAUUUGGAUGAUUUUUGGCUUGGGCUUUGGGAGUUACUUGGUGGUUAGAAGUUUUAACGGCGGUUUUCAACCGUUUCUUGAUCAUCCAAGUUCUUAUUUUCUUGCAUGUUUUGCACUUACCGCUAUGUUCAUUUUAAUUGCAAUAAUUUUCUCGAGUUUGAUUUUGGUAGCAAAUCAAAGCUCUUUACACAAAAGCAAGACGCUUAUGGACACUAUUUUUGGAGCUGCUAGUAAUAUGCAGCAAACGAUCGAAGCUGUUAUACAAGGGUUUUUGAAAAUCCGGACCCUUUUACAGCCUUAUGAUCGCCAAACAUCUGAGCUUUUGAAUCAGAUAACUAAUCAGAUGAGAAAGGAAACAAUUUCAAUUCAAAGUUUUGUUGGAGAAGCCCGACAAGCUUCUAAUCGGGCAAUGAAAACAGUUUACAUUACAAACCUUGUUUUCGUAACAGCUAACUUGGUGGUUUUGGUCACAGGAUGUGUUAUCCUCUUCUUGCAUUGGCACCCUGCAUUCAUCAUACUUAUCGUCGUUUGCUGGAUUUUGACAACCGUUAGUUGGAUUUUGACCGGCUUUGACUUCUUCUUUCAUGUUUUUGCAGGGGAUACAUGUGCAGCUUUUGAGGAUUUUGAACAAAAUCAAAAUUCCAAAAGCAACAACGGUAUCAUGUCAAUUCUCUCUUCAUGUUCGAAUUUGUCAACCUCAGAUAAAUACAUGGCUCAGAUCGGAUACACGGUUCACAAAUAUAUAGCCGAGUCAAAUUCACAAAUAACAUCACUCGCUUUCAAAAUGAUUCAGCCCAAUGACCAAAGCGAUGAUUCGUUUACGAUCCAGAAAAUCUGUGACCCUUUCUCAGGCCCACCUAAUUACACUUAUGCCCCUGGAAAUUGCCACCAGGAUGCUAUACAAAUUCAUGAUCUACCAAGUAUUCUUUCAACGUUAACUUGUGAAAAAAACACACCGUCAGACAUUUGUAAAGCCGAAGGGAAAUUUUUUCCAGAAUCAGCAUACGGAAAAACCAUGGCUUACAUUCAAUCUAUCGAGAAUUUGAUAGCUACAUAUCCAGAUUUGCAGAGUCUAGCUGGAUGCACGCCAUUGAAACACGCGAUUGCUGAUGUGGCAACACGCCAAUGUAAACCAUUCAGAGCCUCGGUUAAGUUGCUUUGGGCUAGUAUUCUAACCCUUUCUAUCGAUUUGAUGAUUCUAACGUUGUUUUGGAUCAUUAAAGCUUACCAAGAGAAGGGGAGACACUUUUCUUUAUGCUCGAUCGUUCCUAGGAAUCAUCAACAGAAUUUGUAAACAGAAGUAUAGAAUUACAGAACGAACCUGGUCAACAAGUCGUAAGACUUUGGUUGGCUCAUUGAGGUUGUGUAUAUAACAUCAAAUAUACUUGUGUGUCAUACUAAAAAAACUGUGAAUUGAUCAAUAAAAUCGUAUGUCGAGGCUCGAUAGGAUGCAGGACCUGUUAUGCUUCAAUUAUUGUUAUUGUUUUUCAAUAUGGUGAGGCCUGAUGGGAUGAACAAAGACACAUCAAGGUGUACAUUAUAUCAGUCAUGAAAGAAACAUUUGAAUACAUGUUUAAA